AUGGAAAACUCAGACUCUGACGAGCCAGAGAAGAAGAGGCCUCAUUUAAACUCACUUUCGCCCACCGUGGCUUGUAGCUCCACCACUUCUCCACCCAAUAACCAUAGCGUCGAUGCAGCAGUUCUCCAGUACCAGAACCAGAGACUUCUUCAGCAAAUAGACAAACAGAAGCAUGAUUUGCAAGAUCUUGAAGCCAAAAUUAAGGAACUAAAGGAUAAGCAAGGUGAGCUGGAUGACAGCAUGACUGAACUAGAGGAGAGUAGGAGAAAACUAGUGAAUCUGAAAAUGCAAAAGGAUGUCGCAUCUGGGAUGCAUAACCUUACUUCUGGUGCAGUGAAUGGAACCCUAUCACCUGAAAAAUCAACAGAAGCGACAAUAAGCUUGCGGGAACUUAAGAAAUUCAAUCGAGGAAACAAAGAGAUGCCAGACCCUCCAGGAAGAAGGAAAUCUGAAAGAAAAAACUACGCCGUUCAAGUUUUCCGAAAAUGGGCGGGCUAG